GACACUAAGGUUGGACUUAGGAAAUUUUGUUCGAGAGGAGAUGAAGAGAAAAGACGCUGAACAGAAGAAGUCGUAGGAUUUGACCUGGAACUGGGCUGUGAUUUAACGAAGCCAGAGGAGGCUCUGCAGAGAAUGAUAUCAAGCUUGAAUGAGAAGCAUCUAGAGCAGUUUUCUCAAACUGAGCUGAUUGAUUAAGAAAGUGUUGGAAAAAAAAUGUGCACCAGCCGAGAACAUAUUAAUAUCUUGGAAAUGAUUCGGAAGAAGCGAGACAAGCAGUCCUUGAGUGCAGAAGAAAUAUAUUACUUUGUUCAAAGCGUAACAAAGCAAACCAUCGAAGAAUGCCAAAUUGGAGCCAUGUUAAUGGCAAUUCGCUUGCAGGGGAUGACACAGGAGGAGACAGUGAACCUGACCCAAGAAAUGAAAACUUCUGGUGUUGUCCUGGAAUGGCCAAAGGAGUGGUCCAGUAUUGUAGUUGACAAGCAUUCCACAGGAGGAGUUGGUGACAAAGUCAGCAUUGUUUUGGCACCAGCUCUGGCUGCCUGUGGCUGCAAGGUUCCAAUGGUUAGUGGCAGGGGAUUGGAACACACCGGAGGGACAUUGGACAAACUGGAAUCUAUCCCAGGAUUCAACAUUAACAAGAGCCCAGAAGAAGUGAAGCAGAUCUUGGCUGCGGUUGGAUGUUGCAUUGUUGGGCAAACACCAGAUUUGGUUCCUGCUGAUAAGAAGAUGUACGCUAUCAGGGACGUCACAUCAACUGUUGACAGUCUGCCACUGAUAGCAGGUUCCAUAAUAUCAAAGAAAGGAGCUGAAUCCCUGGCUGCCCUCAUACUGGAUGUGAAAUUUGGAGAAGGAGCUCUAUAUAAGGACAUCAAUCGAGCCAGAGAGCUGGCACAAUACUUGGUAAAUGUUGGAAAUUGCUUAGGCAUUCAGACAGCUGCUGCUCUCUCCAAGAUGGACAAUCCCAUUGGCAGAUGUAUUGGGAAUUCACUGGAAGUCAUGGAGUCCAUUGAAUGCCUGAAAGGCAAGGGUCCUAAGGACUUGGAAGAGCUUGUCACCUGCUUAGGAGGCCACCUACUUCAUAUGUGUGGGAAGGCUGGAAGCUUUAAGGCCGGGGAGAAGGAUAUUAAGGAUGUUUUGCAGAAUGGCUGUGCUCUGGGCAAAUUCCAAUCCAUGCUGGUGGCACAAGGAGUGACUGCUGACUUAGCCAAGGCUUUGUGCCAAGGGAAAGAGGUGCUGAAGCGUUCAGUCAGACAGGAAGAACUGAAGGCUGAAGCUGGGGGGGUAGUGCAGGCAAUCCACUCCUUGCCAUUAGCCAAGGUAUUACAUGAACUUGGAGCGGGGCGCACCCAAUCCAAUCAACCAGUCAACUGCACUGUUGGAAUACAACUCCUGAAAACAGUGGGGGACUCUGUUAAAAAAGGGGAUCCUUGGAUUCGAAUCCAUUUUGAAGAGCCUUCCCUCAGUGAAAGCCAGAAACGUCUUCUCCAGCACUCACUGGUUAUUGGGGAAAAGGUGGAAGUUGUUCCCUUAGUUAUGGAAAUAAUCCAGUUCCAGUCACAGGGAGAGAAAAGCCACAAAUGCUACGUUUAGUGGGACAUUCAUAGGUAAGAUGCACAUCAGGGAAGCAUCAUGAGACUGGAGAAAUUUGCCUUGUGUUCUGAUACAACAUGGCAACAUUGGAAUGGUUGCAACUCGUAUGCAGAGACUGGAAUUAAGCAUUAUGCACUUUUAUAGUGGGCAAUUAGCCCAAUGCCACAGAGUUUAAUUUCUGUUGCGCUGUCUUUCUGAAUCUUAUUAAAUUCCAGUAGUGAUGAUGUUUAAAAACAGAGUGCUGGUGUGUUUAAAAUAAUUGCUCAUCAAUUCUACACACAAACUGUCUCAAAUUACUCACAUAUUGCAGAGGUGCCAAAGGGACUCUGCUGCGGGUAAAUAAGUCAGAAAAUUGAAUGAUGCACUUUAAGAUGAUUAAAGAACAAAGCAACAAUUCAAUUCAUUUCUAACAUAAUAGAAAUUGUGAAUCAGAAAUCCAGCUUCAAAUUUUCCAGUGAUAACAAAUGAUGGUCUCUGGUUAUUACUGGGGAAGUCAGCAAUGUAGUAUAAACAGUGAUAGGCAGGGGCUACAGAGAGGUAGUUACCCCAACAUAGUGGUACCAAUGACAUAGGAAGAAAAUGGGAGGAGGUUCAGAAAAAAGAAAAAAGAAAGGAAGCUGAGAAGCAGGACCUCAAGGAUAGGAAUCUCGGGAUUGCUGCCUGUGUGCCACACGAUAGUGAAGAUGGAAAUAGAAUGAGGUGGCAGAUGAAUGCAUGACUGAAGAAUUUGAGCAACAGGCAGGGAUUCAGAUUGCUGGAUAAUUGGGACCUCUUUUUGGGCAGGUGGGACCUGUACAAAAAGGAUAUGGUGCACUUGAAUCUGAGGGGGACCAAUAUUCUUACAGGCAGAUUUACUAGAGUUGUUGGGAGAGGUUUAAACUAACAUGGCUGGGGGAGGGGAACCAGUAUGAUAGAGCUGAGGAUGAGCCAGCAGGUUUACACGUAGAUGAUAGGUGUAACAUGAAUGUAAGGAAGGACAAUGAAGGUUUUCAAAGCUGGCAGAGGGAUUUGGACCAGCUGGAAAAAUGGGCUGAAAAAUGGCAGAUGGAGCUUAAUACAGACAAGUGUGAGGUAUUGCACUUUGAAAGGAAAAACCAAGGUUGAACAUACAAGGUAAAUGAUAGGGCACUGAGGAGUGCAGUAGAACAGAGGGAUCUGGGAAUACAGAUACAAAAUUCCCUAAAAGUCGCAUCACAUGUAGAUAGGGUUGUGAAGAGAGCUUUUAGUACAUUGCCCUUUAUAAAUCAAAGUAUUGAGUAUAAGAGUUGGAAUGUUAUGGUGAGGUUGUAUAAGGCAUUGGUGAGGCCAAAUUUGGAGUAUUGUGUGCAGUUUUGGUCACCGAAUUACAGGAAGGUUAUUGAUAAGGUUGAAAGAGUGCAGAGAAGGUUUACAAGUAUGUUGCCAGGACUUGAGAAACUGAGUUACAGAGAAAGGUUGAAUAGGUUAGGACUUUAUUCCCUGUAGCGUAGAAGAAUGAGGGGAGAUUUGACAGAGGUAUAUAAAAUUAUGAUGGGUAUCAUGAGUUAUCAUGGGUGACUUUAACUUCCCUAAUAUUGAUUGGCACUUGAUUAGUUCCAAGGGUUUAGAUGCGGCAGAGUUUCUUAAGUGUGUCCAGGAUGGAUUCCUGUCACAGUAUGUUGACAGGCCGACUAGGGGGAAUGCCAUACUAGGUCUAAUAUUAUGUAAUGAACUGGGUAAGGUCACAGAUCAGUCAGUGGGUGAGCAUCUGGGGGACAGUAAUCACCGCUCCCUGACCUUUAGCAUUAUCAUGGAAAAGGAUAGAAUCAGAGAGGACAGGAACAUUUUUAAUUGGGGAAGGGCAAAUUAUGAGGCUAUAAGGCUAGAACUUGCGGGUGUGAAUUGAGAUGAUGUUUUUGCAGGGAAAUGUACUAUGGACAUGUGGUCGAUGUUUAAGGAUCUCUUGCAGGAUGUUAGGGAUAAAUUUGUCCCGGUGAGGAAGAUAAAGAAUGGUAGGGUGAACGAACCAUGGGUGACAAGUGAAGUGGAAAAUCUAGUCAGGUGGAAGAAGGCAGCAUACAUGAGGUUUAGGAAGCAAGGAUCAGAUGGGUCUAUUGAGGAAUAUAAGGUAGCAAGAAAGGAGCUUAAGAAGGGGCUGAGAAGAGCAAGAAGGGGGCAUGAGAAGGCCUUGGCAAGUAGGGUAAAGGAAAACCCCAAGGCAUUCUUCAAUUAUGUGAAGAACAAAAGGAUGACAGGAGUGAAGGUAGGACCAAUUAGAGAUAAAGGUGGGGAGAUGUGCCUGGGGGCUGUGGAAGUGAGCGAGGUCCUCAAUGAAUACUUCUCUUCGGUAUUCACCAAUGAGAGGGAACUUGAUGACGGUGAGGACAAUAUGAGUGAGGUUGAUGAUCUGGAGCAUGUUGAUAUUACAUUCUGACCUUGGUUCUCUGUGGGAAUAGGGCCUGCUCUCAGGGCCUCAUGACCAGCCAUUUUUUGAUAUCCCAAGGACGCGGCCUGGAAGACUAGCGUGCCUUCAGAGUGCCGGAUUUUCGUGGCUCUGGAGAGGCUGAUUCUAGGCCAGGUCCCCUUGGCUGAGGCGUCGUGGGAGAACACAGAACAUUGGGAGCAGCGGGUUAGCUGACAGCUGUGUGUCUAGAGACCAGACCCUUGGGGCUGACUCUCUGGGCGCAGAGCUUGGAAAAAGUGAUGCAAAAGACUUUUAACAUCGUAAAUCUGCAAAAUGUUUGUCAUGUCUCCCCUCUCGCUGUGAAAUGGGGACACCUCUUUUUCUCUUAUUUGGGAGAGGGAGAGCCUGUGGUAUGUCGAAUUACCAGGUGAAUGAGUAGUCUCUGGGGUACUGCAAGUCUGUGGCUUUAUUGAUGCUUUGCUGCAUGCUUGAGUGCUCAGUGGGGCUGCAGAUGCUUUUGUGGGGGGGUUGUUGCAUUGUUGCUGCUUGUGCAUGGGUGGGAUGAACUGGGGGGCUUUGGGGUUCUAAUAUUUAACUGUCAUUCAUUCUUUGGGGCACUCCUCUGUUUUUGUGGAUGUUUGCAAAGAAAAAGAAUUUCAGGAUAUAUAUUGUAUACAUUUCUCUGACAUUAAAUGUACCAAUUGAACCUCUUGAGAUAUAUUGAGAAUGAAUGUAUAACAUAGAACAUAGAAUAGUACACCACAUUACAGGCCCUUCAGCCCACAAUGUUGUGCUGACCCUCAAACCCUGCCUCCCAU